AUGGAGAUCCGGCAGCACGAGUGGCUCUCGGCCUCCCCCCACGAGGGCUUCGAGCAGAUGAGGUUGAAAAGCCGCCCCAAGGAGCCCUCGCCCAGCCUGACCCGAGUGGGCGCGAACUUCUACAGCAGUGUCAAGCAGCAGGACUACAGCGCCAGCGUCUGGCUCCGGAGGAAAGAUAAGCUCGAACACUCACAGCAGAAGUGCAUCGUGAUCUUCGCUCUGGUCUGCUGCUUUGCGGUUCUGGUGGCGCUGAUAUUUUCAGCUGUGGACAUCAUGGGAGAGGAUGAGGACGGACUCUCAGAGAAAAAUUGCCAAAAUAAAUGUCGAAUCGCUCUUGUGGAAAACAUUCCUGAAGGCCUUAACUACUCUGAAGAUGCUCCAUUUCACUUACCGCUUUUCCAAGGCUGGAUGAACUUACUCAACAUGGCCAAAAAGUCUGUUGACAUAGUGUCUUCCCACUGGGACCUAAACCACACGCACCCAUCAGCAUGUCAGGGACAACGUCUCUUUGAGAAAUUGCUCCAACUGACAUCGCAAAAUAUCGAAAUCAAGCUGGUGAGCGAUGUGACUGCUGAUUCAAAGGUAUUAGAAGCCUUGAAGUUAAAGGGAGCGGAGGUGACGUAUAUGAACAUGACCGCCUACAACAAGGGCCGGCUGCAGUCGUCCUUCUGGAUUGUGGACAAACAGCAUGUGUACAUCGGCAGCGCGGGCUUAGACUGGCAAUCCCUUGGACAGAUGAAAGAACUCGGUGUCAUCUUCUACAACUGCAGCUGCCUGGUCCUAGACUUACAAAGGAUAUUCGCUUUGUACAGCUCACUCAAGUUCAAGAGCAGAGUACCUCAGACCUGGUCCAAGAGACUCUACGGAGUCUAUGACAAUGAGAAGAAGCUCCAGCUCCAGCUGAACGAAACCAAGUCACAGGCCUUUGUGUCGAACUCUCCCAAACUCUUUUGCCCUAAGAACAGAAGCUUUGACAUCGACGCCAUCUACAGCGUGAUUGACGAUGCCAAACAGUAUGUGUACAUUGCCGUCACGGACUACCUGCCCAUCUCCAGUACGAGCACAAAAAGGACGUACUGGCCAGAUUUGGAUGGGAAAAUAAGAGAAGCCUUGGUUUUACGAAGCGUUAAGGUCCGGCUGCUCAUAAGCUUCUGGAAGGAGACUGAUCCCCUCACAUUUAACUUCAUCUCGUCUCUUAAAGCUAUUUGCACUGAAAUAGCCAACUGCAGUUUGAAAGUUAAAUUUUUUGAUCUGGAAAGAGAGAAUGCUUGUGCCACAAAAGAACAAAAGAACCAGACCUUUCCCAAAUUAAACCGCAACAAGUACAUGGUGACAGAUGGAGCCGCUUACAUCGGAAAUUUUGACUGGGUAGGGAAUGACUUUACCCAGAAUGCCGGCACAGGCCUUGUCAUCAACCAGGCAGAUGUGAAAGACAACAGGAGCAUCAUUAAGCAGCUUAAAGACGUGUUUGAGAGGGACUGGUAUUCGCCUUAUGCCAAAUCCAUACAGCCAACCAAACAACCGAACUGUUCAAACUCAAGCCUAUCCAAACUCAAGCCUCCCUCCAACCAACCUGCCACUUACAAUGCCACCGGGAGGGAGCUCCUGAAUGGAAAGCUCACUGACAGACAAGCAGGGCUUCAGACCUAAUGCAGGAAAGACAACGAUUUACUGCGUCUUUUUUUUAAGGGGAAAUAAAAAGCACACUUAUUAAAAAUGUUCUCUGAAUGACAUGUAAUAUCUAGCUAACAACAUCUUAGCACCAUAUAUUAAAUUUAAGACUUUUGUAUCUAUGAGCUCUGACAGAGAAUGUCAUUCUGGUGUAGAAGUUAGUUUUUAACAUCUGCAAACAGAUUUUACGACUCGGUUCUCCUGUUUCUUACUGGUUUUAGAACCUUUCCUGCUGGUCCACCUGCACUGGUUUUAAGAAGCCUAGCAUGAGGUGAGCCCUUUCCUUUAAUAUUGCUGAAUUCCAGAGUUAGAGGAAGGGGGGUUGGGGUGGAGACAGAGACAGAACCAAGCAUCUGCCCUGAUAAAUCCUCUCCAAGACCUAUCCAGGCAGCUGAGCGCAGGUGCCUCCCUCUCAUGCCAGCCUUCAAGACUCCUCAGAAACAGCCAUUGUUGUCUCCUUGUUCCUUGUCUUCUGAUACCAGAGGGUUUUGUUUUGUUUUGUUUUUGUUUUUGUCUUGUUUGUUUGUUUUGGUAUCGGCCUGUCUUCUCACGAACUGUUCAUGUUCUACAUAGUCCCUGGACUCACCUCAGCCCUAGGUCAAAGUGUGAGAAUAUCUUUGGGAAAGGUAUGAAUUCCCCAGAAUGUAAACAAAAUGGAAAUAGCAGGCUUUCAUUCUCACCUCUCAACUAUAAUUUUUUCCCAUCCCAAAUUGGUUAUUUUUAAAAAUCACAGUCAGUUCUCUGUCUCUGUCUGUAUCUCUCUGUCUGUCUGUCUGUGUCUCUGUCUUUCUCUCUGUCUGUCUCUCCCUUUCUCUCUGCUGUAUAUGUUUUUUUUUUCCUGAAGCUCAGAAAAAUAAAGUGCCCCUGCUAAUAUCCAGCAAACCAUUAAGUCUGCAUUUGGAGAACAAAGCGGUUUCACAUUGUUAACAGUAUUUUAAAGGAAAGGUCUCUAUGCGUCGGUGGAUUUUAAUUUAUUUAGAAUUAUUAUGCUGUUAAGAGUACGCCAGCAAAUGUUUAUAACAGAGCUAUUUAAUAUACUUUCUGCUAUUUAAUAUACCAAAUGCUUUUCAGACAAAUGCAAUUUAAAUACUGUGCUUAACAUAUUUUACUAAGAAACAGAAAUACUGGAUCACUGUUCUAUAAUGUCAUUGUGUGUUGUUUUCUAUCUAUACAAUAUAUAAUCCUGUAUUAAUGGAGACUGUUGCUACAUGAGAGAGGUGUGACCUCUUCAGAGCCCAGAGCGAAUGGCCAAGAUGCCCACGCUCAGUUUGGCUCCUGACACCAUGCUCAGAGCGGAGUCCUUCACUCUUUGGCCUCGGGUUUCUAUUGUUGACAUAGAGACAAUAAUACUCACCUACCUCGCAAGGAUGCUGUCAUGGUAGGCGAUGUUUAUAAGUUGUUUUUGAAAUCAAAAGAACUAUAUAAAUGCUAAGCAUUACACUGCAUAAUCUUUUUCUUGAAGUAAUCUCUGUGGUAUCCUGAAAGAAUCUAUACAAGGUAUUCCCCCAAGAAUCUGAGGGGAAAAUAA